ACAGGAUGACAUGUGGAAAUACUCGUGUCAUAUUGGCUGGCAGGUGUCUGUGUACAGUUCUUGGGGUUACUAUGCCAACGCUAGCUAGCCUAGCACGCACAGUCAGGUAGUGAAAACACUGACACAGAGAUAUAUUUAAAAUAAAGGGAGAGCUUUUUUUACAGGAGAAAAAAAGCGACAUUGGCGCUGAAGCAGUGGCACAGACACCCGCGUCAGGAAAACAAGGCUCUAAUGGACCAGUUUGUGGACAACCUAAUAGAGGAUGAGGUUGAGAGAGAGACGCUUCUUUCCAAACCCACCUGCUUCAUCAUAGUAGGAAAACCGGGUGUUGGCAAAUCCACCUUGGCCCAAAAAAUUGCAGAGUCCUGGAGGUGUAUCUUGAUUGAUGAUACAGAUCUGCUCAACACACACAUAACAAAUGAAACAAAGGAAGGUCUAGAGAUCUUAAAUAUCUUAUCUGAGGGGGAAAGUAUCCCAGAAGACAAGAUGCUGCAGCUGAUUCUUGCCAGGCUUGACUCCCCAGAUGUGGCGCACUAUGGAUAUGUGCUGAGCUGCCUUCCAUGCAUCUCAGAGGAGUGUCUGAAGAUUAAUGAGCAGAUUGAACUGAUCAAAAACCUCAAGCUAACACCAGAUUUCAUCAUUAAUAUCAAGUGUGCAGACAAGGACCUGGCCCAGAGGCUGUCAAAUCUGAAGCAGUGUUCAGAGACAGGGCAGCUAUACACCAAAAACCAGUGGGGGCAUGAGGACAUCAAGAAGAAGGAGGACAAUGAUGAGGAAGUGGAGGAUGAAGGGGAGCAAACACCCCAGGCCAUUCCUGCUGAAGAGGAACUGGAAAAGGAUGUUAUUGACCAGCUGGUGUGGCCAACAGAGAAUUUGGCCAGAAAUGCUUUCAUUAGAAUCAACAUGUACAAGGAUACAGUGCUGAGACCACUGGAGGACUACAUGGAAGCCCACAACCCCAUGUACCUAUUGGAGCUGGAUGGAAACAACACACCUGAGGAGCUACACUCUUCUGUAAUGUCCCGUCUUGGAUCCAUGGCUAUAAAGCGUGUCUCCAUUCCCAUCCUCCUAUACCAGGCCGAUGAUGAUGAAUUGCCAGAAGAUGUUGACACGGAGGACCUACUGAGAAUUAUGUCCUCCGCCAAGGUGGUGGCCCCUGGCUUCAGGUGGAGAAGGAGCCGCUGGGGCCGAACCUGUCCCGUUGCACUUAAGGAAGGUCAGGUCAUUCCUGGCAAGUCUAAAUUAUCUGUCGGCUUCCAGGACAAGCUGUACAUCCUCUCAUCUCAGGAGGCCUACCAGAAGUUUGUCACAAACCCCAGACGGUACUUACUUCCUCCAAUGCCCAGGCUCCCUUGCAGAGUUUCAAUCAUUGGGCCCCCUCGAGCAGGGAAGAGCACCCUAUGUAAGCUUUUAGCACAACAUUGCGAUGCAUUGGUGCUUGACAUGGAGGAACUGGUGGCCAAGGGUAAACAGGAGAAGCUUGACACAAUCAAAGAGGAGACUACACAGGACACUAUACAGAAAACCAAGGAGAAGAUGGAGCAGGAUUUAGUAACAAAGGAUCCUUCAGAGAAACAACUGAGCAUGUCUCACUUUGGCUUGUAUGCAGAGGCACUGGAGAACCAUAUGAGAGAGAUUGAAGAGGGAGACACAGAUACAGAGGUCAGGACAGGUUGGGUGCUUGACAACUUUCCCAAGACCCUUUCCCAGAUGGAAUCCUUACAACAGGGCGAAAUCCUGCCUGACAUCAUCUUUUGUCUCAAAGACAGUGGGGGAAAUCAUGAUGCUCCAGAGAUGAAUGACCAUAAACUGCAACAACAACAGUUUCUGUCUGAAUGGGAGCAAAUGCAGCCUGCUCUGACUGUUGCCUACUCAGUACUGGAGAUAGAUGGCAAAAGCCCUGAGGACCUGCUUCAAGAGAUGGUCCUUCAGAUGGAGAAGCCCUUCAUGUAUGUGCCCUGGGAGCUGUCAGCAGUGGACCUGGAUGAGGAGGAAGAGGACAACGAGGCCUUAGCAGAGCUGCAGAGAGCUGAGGAGGGCGGCGGUGAUGAUGAUGCCAUAGAGGAGGAGGAUGAAGAAAGUAAAGGGGGCACCACAUCCAAGAGAUUAUUGGGUGAUGCUCAUCACUUUUGCCCCGUGGCCUUAAAAAACAAUAAUGUGCUGUGGCCCUGCACGGACGAAAUUGCAGCUAAGUACCGAGAGAAGAUCUUCUACUUCUCCAGCACAGAAGCAAGAGAUGCCUUCCUUGAAGACCCUACACAAUUUGUUGCAAGGACUGAGCCUCUCAAGCCUCCUGCCUUGCGUGUCUUUUUACUUGGCACUCGUGCGUCAGGAAAGACUUCUCAUGGUGAGUGGCUUGCCCAGCAGCUUGGCCUCUUCUAUAUUCAGUUCAGGGAGCAGCUCCAAAUGCUCAUCAUGGCCAAAACACAGGCGCGGGUGCCUUAUGCUGAUGAGGAAGAGUCCUCAGAGGAGUCUCCUGAGUACCUGGACACCCUGAUAAAGGAAGCCAGGGGGAAUGACGUAGAGGCGGAGGAGGAUACCUCUGCCAACAUGAAUGACACAGAGCAGGAAAUGGAACUGACUGAUGAGGAAAUGGCCAUUAAAGCCUACCUUGCUGAGGGAGAUCCACUUACUCCAGAGAUCCUGGACAUGGUUAUCGCGCCAUACUGGAAAGAAGAACCAUACAUGUCCACGGGUUUUAUCUUGGAGGGCUUCCCAAUUAAUCCUGAUGAGGUACAGUACAUGUUGCAGCAACAGCUUUUCCCUGACACUGUAAUAAUCAUGUCAGUGGAUGUCACAGAAGUUCAGAAACGUCUGUUGCCGACAUACCUGGAGAAGUGGCGUGAGCGUCGCAACCACCGUAAAGCACAGCAGAAACUACUUCAUGAUCUGCGUAAGAAAAAUCGGGAGGAGAAAAUUGUCAAGAGAAGAGCUGAACUCAUGGAAGAGAACGGUCCUGAUUAUCGUGAGGAUGAAGAAGACGGAGAAGACGCAGACAACAUAGAGGCAGAGAUAGAAGCCAUGCUGGAGGAGGAGUUUCCUUUAGAAGAGGAUGAUGUACACGCAGAAAAUGAGGAGACUGAGGAUGCAGCCAUUGAGAGGCUGGAAAUGGAGAUACAGGAGCGUUUUGUGACAGAUGAAAACAAUAUUGUUACUGUAACGGAGCUGCUGGGUGAGCAAAACAUACCCAGUGUCUCUAUCAGUGCAUCUCCCAAGCCCCGAAUCGUCCGGAAUCGGCUCCUCCAGAAAUUCCAGCCUCUGCUGACUAACAGGGAGUCACUUUUGCAAAAAUGUCAACCCAUCUCAAACAGACUGGCACUGAAGCUGCUGGUCUUCUCGUACAAGCUCCACAGUGCCUUUGGCUGCUGGGAUCCCAUCAAGCUAUACAACGAAAGAGAAUUAAUCCAGCCUCUGCAGUGGCCUCUCAAUGCCACACAUACCCUGAUCUUCAAUCAGUAUAUCUACUUCUUUGCAUCUAAGGAGAACCUAAACACAUUUAUGCUCAACCCUUUGAAGUACCUCAGGCAGCCCAAGCCCUCCCCAUCCCUCCCUGUUAAAAUAGCUGUCCUCGGACCACCCAAAUCAGGAAAAACCACUGUGGCACAGAUGUUUGCUCAAAAAUAUGGCUUGGCGCGGCUGUCCAUUGGCAGUGUUAUGCGUUUGGUGCUUGACACUCAGGAGCACACUGAUCUGGCUGUCCAGAUGAAAAAGCAUCUCUGCCAGGGCCUCGUUGUGCCUGAUGAACUGGCCAUUCAGUGUCUGGAGGUGGCGCUCAUGACAGCAGUGUGCAGCACUCAAGGGUAUGUGUUGGACGGCUUUCCAAUGACACUUAAGCAGGCAGAGCUUAUGGGUUCUCGGAGCAUCAUCCCCAUGAUAGUUACUGAGCUUGAGCUGGACACAGUGGAGGUGCUGAAGAGAGGUCAUUUGGACAAGAUGAAGCCCAACAAGCCUCACCUGGUGCACGACAACACUGAGAUCCGUAACUCCCAUUACAGGCAGGAGGUGGAGCAGGUGAGGAAACACUUCCAGCAACAAUAUCAGAACUGGAUUCUCCUUGAUGGCUUAAAGAGCAAAUGGUGGAUCUGGAAUAGCAUAAUAAAGGAAGUCAGUAUCAGCAUGACAUUUAUCCACAACUACCUGGAGAGGACAUGCAGGGGCCAAGCCGCCUGCAUCAACAGACUUUGCAUCACACCAAAAGAGCUGCAAUUCCGACUUGGAGAGUUUGGCCAGUACUGCCCUGUCUGUCUGGCUCUACGUCGUCACCUGGUGGACAGUUCUGAAGUUGCAGCGUUGACUCAUGCACCUGAGUACAGAGGAAAAUAUUACAAGAUGUGUGGUCAAGAACAUUCAGAGAUGUUCAUGUCCACUCCAGAUCAAUUUGUGACCCCUGGCUGCCCACAAACUCUCCCACAGCCCCAUUUGCUGCCGAGAAAGCUAACACCAAUUCAGGUGAAGAACAAGUUCCCACAGCAAGUUGAGAUGCAGGGCUUUUGUCCCGUCACUUACCUGGAUGGAAAGCAAAGGUAUGAAGCCCUGGUUCGAGGAAAGAUGGAAUAUGCUGUCGAAUACAAAGAACGGAUCUACAUUUGUAAGACAGAGAAGGAACGGGACAUGUUUUUGAGGACUCCUGAAACCUACUGGGACCAAACUCUACCCAGAAAAGUUCCUCCUCUUUGCGUUCCUGUACCCCUCACCUCCCUUCCAACGUUGGGUUACCUGGAACAGGGUAUGUCAGUAGCAGUCAUCAAGGCCAUGACAGCUGUUGGGUGUCUUAAACCUAAGUAUCCCUUCCUCAGCGUGAAAAGAUCAGCUGUCUUCUAUGUGGCCUUCUAUCUGAAAGCUUUCAACCACGACAGCACAGAACAGAGUCGCCGGAUGUACAAGAAGAAGUUGGCCUUGUUUGAAGAGAACUGUGCCCUCAUUCCCUACUUGAGCUCAACAGUGAAAGGGAACUACAGGCCUCCGGGUGAACGUCCCAUUGACUUUGAGUUCAAACUGAACAGGUUCCUGGCUUUGGGAGACAUGCAGGGAUCCAGCUGUUUGCUGUAGCUGUGCCUGUUAUGCACUUUUGACAGUCACUAUUAAUAUGGUGUGAUGACCUGUGAGACAAAAAAAAAGUGAUUUGAAGUAUAUUUUUAAAGUAACCUGUUUUGGGUGUUUGUAAUAAAGCCUCCUUCAUCA